CCUGGUGACGUCAUCACGCAGGGAGUGUUGCCAAACAGAGGGAAGGGAAAAGCCACGUUGACCAAGUGGACAGAAGUGCUCUGCACAGUCUGCGCAGGCGAUAGAGAGACUCUCCGUCAUAAAUCAGUUAGAGGUGCAAACGUUGCCGCUCGAAGCAUGUCUUCGCCACCGAAAGAAAAGCCCGAGACGAAAGGCGGACACCUCCCCGCCGUGAAGGCGGGCGGCAUGAGGAUAGUCCAGAAGCACCAGACUGCUGGGGAGCCAGUGCAGGACAAAGACAAGGACAGCAAAGAGUAUGAGACCAGCAGUCCCCCGAAGGUGCCCGUAAUCGUCUCAGGAGUGGUGACGAGGGGCGACAAGGACUUCACUCCAGCCGCCGCCCAGGUGGCCCACCAGAAGCCCCAACCCUCGGUGGAGAAGCUGCCUCCUCCCCACCACAUCAACCAGCACAUCCACCAGCCCCGCAAGUGAGCGACCGGCGGUGGUGCCGUUGCCACCAAGAGAGGACCAGGACCACACCAGUCGCCCGUCGGCACUCAGGUUACCAAGGCAACCGUCCAGCAUUCCAUUCUAUCUGUCCGAUCUACAUCUUGUCCAGUACCAGGAGCUACGAGUUCUCAUGAGAGAAACUGACCAGCUUUCCUUUCCUCUCGAACUCCUGUGAGCACUAUAUCACAAUUCAAAAUUUGGGUUUGAACAAAGAAAAUUUGCCAUAAAUGGAAGAAACAUUGGGUUUACCCAAGAUUUCCCCCCCCCAUUUUUCAUUAAUUGUGCAAAUUGUAUGUUUUUG